CUCCUAUGUCCCCAUUUACUCACUUAUUAAGUAAGUGAUUGAAGAGGAAACAUCCCCCAUUCUCUUGCAAUCAUUCGACCAGCAAAAGGGAGAGGAGAGCUCAGGGAAAAACUCUCACAAGAGCUCCAAGCUUGAAGGAAGCAUCAACAGAAGAAAACCCAAGAGGAAAGGAGUUGUGUUGGAGUCUACAGAAAUCUGGGACCAACACUUCUCGAUCAGGGCGGGGAGAGGAUCCACGCAUCGCCCAAAUGCAGUGAGAAUUGGAGGAGGAGGAGCAACGGAAGAAGGAUGAAGAAACAAGAGCCCGGCUCGAAGCGAUGGAGCGGAUCUUAAACGCCGGAUGUCAGCCUCAGCCUCGGCCGUACAUAUUGCACCCCGAGCAGACUCCUCAGGUUCCGCACAUGGGCAACAUGGGUUAUUAUUCUAACUCCGGAUAUAGUAGCAUGCCUAUGAUGGAUCCGACAUUCGGAUCUUUGUCGCAUGGUUUCUUGAAUCAAUUUCAAUCAUCCAGAGGAUCCAGCCGUGGAGCGAACCGAGGAGGUAGCCGAGGAGGCAACCGAGGAGGCAGCCGAGGAGGAACCCGACCCGAAGACACCGUGGAGCCCGAAGCUGAUGAUGAAUUUGAUAAUGAAAAUCCUAAUUUUUUUCAUAAUGGAGUCCGAAGGCCGGGCAUGUAAUAGUACAGUUUUAUCAUUAAUAUUGAACAUUAUUUUUAUAAUUUCAGUUUGCAAUGCAUUUUUAUUGUGUAUGAGUGUAUGAUUUUUGUUUUUCUUAUUUAAUGGUAUAAUUGCUAUACUUUUUAAAAUA